UGUCUGUCUGUCUUUUUUUUUUUCUUUUCUUUUUUUUUUAAAGGGCUUCGCCUGUGCUAGGCGUGUGACAAAUUUCACUAACUUAAAAAUGAGUGGUUUUCUGUGGAGCUUGACUAAUGGUGAUUUGGAUCAAGUAAAAGAUUUUGUGGAAAAUCAAGGUGUAGAUAUUAAUGCAAGUAUAGAUGGAAGGUUACCAAUUCAUUAUGCUGCAGAUUAUGGACAAAAAGAUGUAUUAAAUUACCUCAUUGACAAGGGAGCCAACAUUGAUGCAAAAGAUAAGUAUGGAAUAAGUGCUUUAUUAGCAGCUAUCUGGGAAGGACACACUAGUUGUGUUAAACUGAUGCUAGAAAAGGCUAAAACUGUGUAUGAACAGCUCCAUAUAAUUAUCUUAGCAUUGAAGGCAAUUAAAGUCAGAAUAUUUUUAUUGAAACAAAAAUAUAGCUGUAAAAACUGAAAGUCCCAUGUCAAA